CCGGGCAGCAGGUUGUGGAAUGUGGAGAAUCAGACUUGAUUGGACUGGGCUGGGCUGGACUGGGGUGGGUUGGGUCGGUGGUGAGGGGGCGGACAGACGGCCUAGAGGAGGCGGUUUGAUCCUAACAGUUGCGGACGUCAUCAUCACGCUAUGUACCGUCCGGCAGUCGCAGCGUCCGACUCCGACCUCACGUCGAACUGCCGGCUUUAUAACCGAGGGCGUGCGCUCCUGUCCUCCCCGCACCAUCCAUUGCUGUCUCAUCCAUCGAUCCACGCAUGGACGGCACCAUGUCCAUGUCCCUGGCUGCCGCCGCCGCCAACUGCCGCUGCAGCCGCGUCGUGUUUGUCGGCAACAUCCCCUUCCACGCCUCCGAGAAGGAGCUCCGCGAAGCCUGCGAGCUCAUCGGCCCCCUCCGCUCCCUGCGCCUCGCCGCCGACCCCGCCACCGGCAAGCGCAAGGGGUACGCCUUCGUCGAGUACCCCGACGACGAGACUGCGCGCAGCGCCUGCCGCAACCUCAACGGCCACCACCUGCGCGGCCGCGAGCUCCGCGUCAAUCUCGCCGGCCGCCGCCGCCGCCGCCCCCGGGGCGACAACGAGCCCGUCGGCCUUGAGGACGCCAUCCACGCCGCAUCCCUCGUCUCCGGGACGCCCCCGCUCGACUCCGUCACGCGGUACCUGGCGGCGCGAUCGGUGCGUGAGCUGCGGGAGAUUGCGGCCGCGCUGGAGGCCGACUGCCCCGACACGCUGAGGCUGCUGAAGGAGAACGUCCCGGGGCUUGCCGCCGUCAUGGAGCAGGUGGGUCAUCUGCUCGACAUGGCGGCCGCGGAUGACGCCGCAGAGGCGGCCAAGAACAAGAAGCGGGCGGCGGAGGCUGAGUCCAACGACGAUCACCGCGCCAAGCUCACGAAGGUGGAAGUGGAAGAUGGCAGCUUCAAGGACAAGAUCGCGGUGUCUGCUGUAGGCGUCAAGUGUUUCUGAUCAGCUGUUCUCGC